UCCCAGAAACCGGGGCGUCGGGAAGGAAAGCGCGAAUUCCCCCUCCUCUGCGCCUUGGGAGGAAAUAUUGGACUCGGUUCACCAGAUCGAGCCGCAGCGGGCGCUAGAGCCCUUGGAGCUGCGCCGCCGAGGCGCGGAGCCGGUUGCCCGGCAAGAGGGUGCUGGUGCGGGGGUAAGAGGCGUUAGCCUCUCCCCGGCCACCGGGAGAGGACAGGCUGCUGCUGAGAAGGGUCGGCACGGUCCCGGGGCGUUCUCGCCAAACCCGAGCGCCUUCCCCUCCUGCCUCACGGGGCAUCCCCACCCACACCCGCAGCUGUCACUUCUGUUGGCCGCCUGGAAAGGGAACAGGACCCGGAGCGCUCCCUGCAGUCGUCGGGGAGGAUGCCUGCCUGGGCGUCGGCUGUGUCCUCAAGCCGUUCGCCAGCGCUGGCGAAGAAAGCAGUCGGGGUAACGCCGCCCAAACUUUCCUUCGCAGCAGCGCUGGGAGGAAACGUCCCCCUCUGAGCCUUGCGGAGAACUCAAAGACUACUCAGCCCUACGGAAGGGACAGGGCCGUGCCCGCUUAGGAGUUGUUCCCGGGAACCCCGGAGGUGCCCUCAGGGGCAGGGCCAGUCGCCGGCGUGCGCCGAGUCCAAAGGAAGUCUAGCGGGCUCAGCGCCUCUUGCCCAGUGCCCCGCAGUGACCGUGACCUCCGCGCGCCCCCCCGCACACGUGCUCGUGGCCCAGGGAGAGGAACGCUCCAGCCGAACCCGCUAGAGGCAGCGACUCGCAAGCAGGCCAGGGGCGCAUGGAGGCGCCGCGGGGGCGGUGCGGCUCGCCAGCAGCGCGGGGGAGCGCGCACGCCGCGCCCCGGCCUCCCCGGGGACCCGGCCGGCCGCUCCCCGCACUUCCUGCCGCGGGGCUCUCGGCCUCAAGCAGCCGUUUGGAGCGCAGAGCUGGCUGAGCGUCGUGUCCGGCAGCAUCCGCGGUUCCCGGCGCUGGGCAGACGUGUGGCGGGACAGGUGUAGCCGGCAGCGGCGGGCGUCGCGCUCAGAAGGACUGAGCGGACUCGGCUGGCUGGAGUUGGCUAGCUGCUCACGGAACUCCGGUCCCCGCCGCGCAGGCCCGUCGGCGCGUCACUUUGCACCGCGGCGGCGGCGAGAGCCUCGGGGGAAGGAAGUCGCGGCGAAACCCGGCUCUCUGGCAGCGGCCGCCUGGGCGCGGUCCUGAUGCUCGCUGCCCGCUGCGGGACCUACUCCGGCCCCCGGACUUAGGUAGCUGCGCGUGGCCGGCGCCGGCGCCUCCCCCAUGCUGCUCGGAGCGUCCUGGCUGUGCGCGUCCAAGGCGGCCGCCGCUGCUGCGCAAAGCGAGGGCGACGAGGACAGGCCCGGAGAGCGGCGGCGGCGGCGGGUGGCGGCCUCAGGGACGGGAGAGGACAUGGACGAGUCGUCGCUGCUGGACCUACUGGAGUGCUCCGUAUGCCUGGAGCGUCUAGACACCACGGCCAAGGUGCUGCCAUGCCAGCACACCUUUUGCCGCCGCUGCCUGGAGAGCAUCGUGUGCUCGCGCCACGAGCUUCGCUGCCCGGAGUGUCGCAUCCUGGUGGGCUGCGGCGUGGACGAGCUGCCCGCCAACAUCCUGCUGGUGCGCCUGCUGGACGGCAUCCGCCAGCGGCCCCGUGCGGGCGCCAGUCCUGGCGGGAGCCCGCCUGCGCGCCCUGGCUCCAGUGCGUCCACCGCACUCGCUGGCGGCGGGGGCGGCGCGGUGGGCAGCGCCCCGGGCUCCCCUGUCUUCCUCUCCGCGGCGGCGGGCAACGCCACCGCCAGCCUGUGCGACCUGGCUACUAACAGGGGCGCUCCAGUGGCAAAGAACCUAUCCCAGCUGCCCUAUGGCAAGGCCCUGUACAGCUAUGAGGGAAAAGAACCUGGUGACCUGAAGUUCAACAAGGGGGACAUCAUCAUCCUGCGGCGCAAGGUGGAUGAGAACUGGUACCACGGGGAGCUGCACGGCACACACGGCUUCCUGCCAGCCAGCUACAUUCAGUGUGUCCGGCCCUUGCCGCAGGCCCCGCCCCAGGGCAAGGCACUUUAUGAUUUCGAGAUGAAGGACAGAGACCAAGACAAGGACUGUCUGACCUUCACCAAGGAUGAAGUUUUGACCGUGAUCCGAAGAGUGGACGAUAACUGGGCCGAAGGCAUGCUGGGAGACAAGAUUGGGAUCUUCCCCCUGUUGUACGUGGAGCUCAACGACUCAGCCAAGCAGCUCAUUGAGAUGGACAAGCCGUGCCCCACUGCUGCUGCCGCCACCGCAUCCGGCUGUGACUCUCCCUUGCUCUCUGAUCCUGGCGCAGGGGCCAGCAUGGCCCCGGGCCCCACUCUAAGCAGCUCAGGGGCGGUUAGUGCCUUUCAGCGGCGUGUGGACGGCAAGAAGAAUGCCAAGAAACGCCACUCCUUCACCGCACUCAGUGUGACGCACAAGUCCUCGCAGGCUGCUAGCCACAGGCAUUCCAUGGAAAUCAGCGCUCCGGUUCUGAUCAGCUCCAGCGACCCCCGCGCUGCAGCCAGGAUCGGGGAGCUCGCUCAUCUGUCAUGCGCUGCACCCACCCAGGACUCUUCCUCAGCUGGACCCAUCCCAACGGCUGUCCCACGAACCGCUGCAGUGGCUGGAGAGCAGGGCACAUCUCCCAAAGUCCAGCUGCCACUCAACGUGUAUCUGGCGCUCUAUGCCUAUAAGCCCCAGAAGAAUGACGAGUUGGAGCUGCGCAAGGGGGAGAUGUACCGGGUGCUUGAGAAGUGCCAGGACGGCUGGUUCAAGGGGGCGUCACUGAGGACUGGGGUCUCUGGGGUGUUUCCUGGAAACUAUGUGACACCAGUCUCCAGGGUUCCUGGAGGAGGGGCUGGGCCACCCCGAAAUAAUGUGCUUGGAGGAUCUCCAUUGGCCAAAGGGAUGACCACCACCAUGCAUCCUGGUGGUGGAAGUCUGAGCAGCCCAGCCACUGCCACCAGGCCGGCCCUGUCCCUCACCACACCACAGCACCUGGCAGGCUCCCCACCGACAGGCAGCUGUCUGCGGCAUGCAGCUCAGCCGGCUGCCAGCCAGGCCCGGGCCACCAUCCCAACAGCUGCCCACCCCUCAGCCCAGGCCCAGGACCGACCUACUGCCACCGUGUCACCCCUGCGCACUCAGAGCUCUCCAUCCCGCCUGCCCGCCACCAGCCUCAGGCCCCGCACGGUGGUGUCCCCACAGCACAGCCAGCAGCCCCCGAUGCAGAUGUGCCCUCGGCCGGCCAUCCCCCUCACGUCAGCAGCAUCAGCCAUCACACCUCCCAACGUUAGCGCCGCCAACCUCAACGGGGAGGCAGGAGGAGGGCCCAUCUGUGGCCUGUCCACGUCCAGCCCUACCAACACAGGAUGCAAGCCAGAUGACAAGAAAAAUGAAAAGUCCACAACCUGUUCAACCAUAUGGGACAGGCCUAAAGGAGAAGGAGAAAUAAGAAAGUCAAGAUGAUGGCAACCUGAUAUUUGACGUGGACAGAAUUUUCAGCUAUUUUUUUUUUAGCUACAAAGAAAGCUGAGUUGAUUUCAUAAAAUCUGAAUGCAUUGGACCCUGUGGCCAGCCAGCUAGACCCUGGACUGGCCAGGAUUAGAAUCCACAUUUCUAAAUCCGUGCUGUUCAGCAGAAACAUAAUACGAGUUACAAAUAAAAUUAAAAAUUGUCUAGUAGCCAUGCUUUUGAAAAGUAAAAUUAAUCUAAAAUAAAAUUAAAAGGUGAAAUCCAUCUGGUAGCAUAUUCUAUAAAACAGAGUUCUCAAAAUAUUUUUGUUCCAACAUAUAAUCUACAUUAAAAAAAAAACUAUUGAUGAGAUAUUUUACUCUUUUUUUUCCACAUUAAGUUUUGAAAGCCUGUGUGAAACCCAGUGAGCUGUUCUGCAGUGCUCAGGGCCCACCUGCUGCUAUGGCUGUACUGGACAGCAGGUCCAGCUCUCGGCAGGGAACCACUCUGUUUAUUCUUGAUGUGUGAACAACUGUCCCUUCUCUCUUGAUUAUCCCACAUUCUCUUAAAGCCUUUCCAUGUAAAAUCAGUCUUUGAAUGAGGGCGUGUUGGCGUGUUUGCAUAUGCACCCAGGAUAUCAGAUGGUGUGUGAGAAGUGAGGACAGCACCCACCUCUCUCUCAGGGACAUUAGAACUCAGCAUGGACUCUCUGACCCAUGUUCCUGGAGGCAGACCUCAGCAGGAACCUGGGUGAGCUGUGGAGAUGGACCACCCCACACUCCAAAGGGCCUCAGCAUCUCCCAUCUCAUCUGGCCCACAACUGUGGUCACUCCCACGCUGAGUGGUUUGGAAGAGGCCUCAUUAUGACCAACCGAGGCUACGCUCUCGGCUGGUAAAGCUCAUACCUACUUGAGACUAACAGGCACCCAACAAGAAGUGACAUGAUUGCUCUGUGUUUUGUGCCCAUAUCUGUUUGAAAAUCAGUUCCCUUCCUCCUUACAGCCCUUGUGCUGAGGUGCAGCUGGGUGUCACUGGGAGGUGAGGUGGCGGGUGCAGUCCUACCCUUUCACUGGACAGCUUCCCAAAGAGGCGAUCUUCUGGCCUUCUGAGCUGCUGAGAAAAAAAACCAGGGAACAGGGACCGGUCUUAGAAAGUCAAGGGUGAUAAGAGUUCUAUAAACAUUUCUGCUUCUUGGCCUCAGGAGUCCCUCUAGUUCAGGAAGCAGGUCGGCCUGGCUUCAACAUGCCUGCUACCCAGUGGGUUUCUGUGGCACAGGGUCGGGCUUGCAGAAAUCUACACAGAGGGUGACAUGUUCCCCGCAGUUGCCCUCCCGAGUGCACAGCUAGUGAAAGCCAACCAGGACCACUGCCAACAUGCCUGGGGGCGCUUGGCAGGCAUUCUGCUUUCACUCUACCUUCUGCCAGCCGUCCUCCUACUUCAGCAGGGGGCAGCUGAGCCCAGGAGAUACCCAAAGUGUCCCUCGAAAUGAGGCUCCUGGGUAACCCCGCAUGUGAUGGAGCACCCUCUUCCUCUGGUAGUCCCUAAGCCAUCUCUGGCAACAGAAAUGCCCAGGCCACCACUCAGGUCGACAUGGGGAGCGGGCCAUGGCGUGCCCCAGGUAGGAGGUCGUCUGGGCUGUGUGAGGCUAGCUGAGCACCGGCUCAGAGGCUCAGCAGCCCCAGGAGAGAAGUGAAGGGUUCUCCCCCAAAGAUGUGCACUUUUCCUUUCUCACCUCUCAGACAAGCAGAAAUAACACUGGUCAACAAGAUCACCUGCUAAUGUUUGUCCCGUCUGUAUUUCCUGGUGAAUUUUUUCUAUUUUACAGCAAGGCACAAAGCAUCCACAGUUGCCAUUGGUAGCAAAAAGCUGUGACCGUCGUGGUUUAAAUUCUAUUCAUUAAUCAGGAGCAAAUGAACCAGUGGUGCAGGCACAGGCGAGGAGCCAGGUUCUGAGCCAGGCAUGACUUGAAGCAGCCCCCUGUCCUGCCAUGACUACAUCUGGACAGACUUUGGGCACAUACUGGUCAGUUUCACAUCUUUCUUGGUGGUUCAUUUUAGACAUGCAGGUACCAAAUUAUGAUGAAAGGACUUUCAAAAUGUAUUUGGAGGUGUUCUCUAGGCUCUCUCUCUCUCUCUCUCUCUCUCUCUCUCUCUCUCUCUCUUAUUACUAGGCUAUUUCUCUUGAAAAAAUUUCUUUAGGAAAAGACAGUGAGCUCCCAGCUCUGCUGUUCACUGAGACCAGACCUCAGUGCCAGUGUGGAAUUCCGUAACACCAAGCCCUGCUGGAAUUCCAUCCAGGUGCUUCCAAGCAUGUGAAUGAGAGAAACCUAUGAUUGAUGGGGCCCUUGGAUAAGAGAGGAAACUGGGUAGUCUUCUAGGAGCAUGGCGGGCUUAUUCUCUGGCAUCCCUGGGUGUGCAGAGCAAGAGACCCCAGACCCAGCUGUAUGUUGUGUGGUGUUCUUUGCUGUGGUAGAGUUUCUCGGAGGCUGGUCCUGGGAGGCUAACAUUCUGCUGUUUCACACCUGGGGACUGGCCUUCCAGCCCUGCUUGAGCCUAUGUGUUAUGGAGUCCUUCAAGACAAUGCAAGUGCUGUCAGGGUGGCAAUUCUUUCUAUAGUCUUAGUCCAGGUCUAGAGCUCUCCUUUGGGACCUGGACAUCUACCAUCAUGUGCAGGAGCCUCUCCAUGCUGUUGUACCAAAUGCCUACCUACCUGCUCACAUUGCUCCCUGAUGGGCUACACUGUGACUGGGCCACCAGCAUUUCCUUUCUAGAGAGCUUCUUGCUUCCCCAGAAGUACACAGGUCACCAGGGGCCCUACCAUCCACUGAAGACCAAGCCUGCAACACCUCCUUGAGCAACUGUGCCAUGGUGGAGAGUGGAUUAAGAAUGGGGUUAGGAUGGAGACAGUUCUGAUAACUGUCUGAUGAUAUGUUUAGCGUUCUCGACAGCACUUGGGACCCUUCCAAAAUCCAGGUUCAUUUGGGUUGACCAGGAGUCUGUUAUGCUUGGAGAUGUGUCUGCUCAGGGUGGUCCUGGGUGACCUCAGAGGGACAUUUCUGAAGCUGUCAAUCUGGACUGGACCCCUGGAGUCACUGUUGAGUGUAGGGUUCCUCAGGGCUGUCUGGAUUCCUUUGUAGUCCCCAGAUUGGAGAGGUUGGAGGCACUCUAGGGCAUGGGGAAGAUCCCAGAGUGUGGAGACCUGGAUGUGGGCGUCAUGGUCUUCAGAAGUUGCAGCAGGUAGGCAUCAUUGGUGGUCUCCCCAUCAAGGGUCUUGGUGCCUUUAAAGAAGGGUCUGGAUAAAACUUUUGGAAUAAUUAUAUGGUAUCCACAAAACAUAGAGUGGAAACCUUUUUAAGAGGCUAUAUAGGAUACAAGUUACUCUUUUACUCUUAAAAAUUAAAUUUUAUGCUCAAAACAACCAUCAAAUACCACCUUUUGGGUCCAUUAGUGAUAGUUUUCUGGUUUUGAGUCCCCACCAACACAUCAGCACCAGAUGGACUGAUCAUCCCUCAGGGGAUGUCCAGGGGAAAGUCACCCGAAGAGAAGGGUGCCUGCGCCCCCCUAUGGGGCCACAGUCAGGGUCCCUGACCUCCAAUUAGAGGCCCUUCACACUCAUUGGUCCCUCACACACUCAUCUGUUUACUGCAGGGAACAUACACAAGCCAGGCAGAGCACAGGGCACUGGGGCUUACAGUGAUAGAAGGCACAGCCCUGGCCCGGAGGAAGGCAGAGCGCAGUCCAGGUAACUGUUCAGGUAACUGGUAAACAGCCAACUGCAGGAAAGUGCUGCAGGCCUAAGAACAGGGGACAAAGGGUCAGCAAGAAGAUGCAUGGUCAACAGGGUACAGGCAAGUCUUCCCAGGGGACAAGUGGGAGACCCUCCUGCUAAGGGACAGCCUGACCAGAGGCCAGAGGAUGUAGCCUAAGGUGAGGGGUCCAUGGGCAGGUGGCAGGAGCAAAGCACCUCCUGAAGGUCCUGGUUACCUGCCACUGCUCAGCCCUGUGUUCUGUCUGGGGUUGGGCAGGAGGGUGGGAUUCAGGCCCGAUCAGAGGACAUGGGUCAGGUGCCUGGCCUUCUCUGAUCUGAGCCCCUGGCUGUUUUUAGUCUUCCUCUUACAGCAGCUGUGCCCCAUUCUGAGACAGCUCUCCUGCUAAGCACCUAAAGUUUAUUUAACUGUCUCCUUGGUGUCAGUGUUCCCACGAGGUGAUCUCUACAGCAGCCCUCUUCAAACCAUCUAGCCAGGCUCAGUGAGACACACCUGUAAUCCCAGAGACUCAGGAGGCUGAGGCAAGAAGACUGAAAGUUCAAAGCCUGUCUCAGCAACUUAGGGGGGCCCUAAACAACUUAGUGAGACCCUGACUCAAAAUAAAAUAGACUAGGGAAGUGGCUUAGUAAUUAGGUGCUCCUGGAUUUAAUCCAUGGAACAAAAAAAGAAAAGAAAGAAAGAAGAUAAAAGAAAGAAAGAAAAAGCCCCAUCUAGUAGAUUUAGCCCAAUGCUUUCGAUUUCUUUUGGAUAGGACAGAUAGAGUGCAAUAGGCUAGAAUGGAUCGGCACACAUACCACACACAGGAGGUGCCAGUGUACUGGGGAGAGAUCAUCACCAAUGCUAUCGUGUGUGCUGAACCCUGAUAUAAAACUGAUUUCAAAAAAAUCACAAAACCAUUGGUCCAUACCCUUUAAAGAGUGCCUUGUUCAGAGCCCAGCAUCUGGUGAUCUUUGUGGGCUAAGGAGAGCUGGAAAAUCUGCUGGCCAUAAGUUUGCUUCUAUGAUUUAUGGGGAUUUUUUUUUAGUUUAUGGGCCAGAAGAAAGUUAACUUUCUGCUUAUGGAUAAAAUAGUUCCAGUUUCACAGAAUAAUAGAAUAUUAGAACUGGAAAGAGCCUCUAAGGAUCUUUUUAUUUAACAUCCAAUUUUCCAUGAUGCUCUUGAGACUCAGAGUUGUUGAAAGAUCUGCCAGGUGCCAUAGAGCAUUGGCAGCAGAGCGGGCACAAGAACUCUGGUCUCUUCACUCUUCUGUUCUGGCCAUCUCGGCUUCAGUGUGCUGACUUGGUGGCCUCGCAGUCCAUAUGAGGCCAUGGCCCCAGGUGGGUCUGGCUUGUCUGGGAGUCCCACAAGGAGCCAUCCAGGGUAGUAGCUGGCAGGAAGCUAUGAGGCUGGCUGGCCCUGGAGAUGGGGAAUGAACCAGAGGUGUCAGCCUUCAGUUCCACGUCAGACUCAACUUCAGUGAAGCCCUUGACCAAGUCCACGUGGAUGACAUGACCUGUAUAACUAAGACCGUGGGAAACAAGUUUGAUCUCAGCAGCGUGACCAUAGCAACAGCAGUGGGGCCCUGCAAGUGGCAUGGAAGGCGUGGGAAAAGAGUCUGCAGAUGAACUUGUUGACAUAUGCAUGUAUGUAUGAAAUAUGUCUCCUGUGUAUCGGCGAUACAUGACAUAGUUUUUUUCUAAAAGGCACAUAUCGUAUAGGAUUUUGAUCAUAUUUUUAAGAAAAGCCCAGGCAUGUCUAAUCUGAAGAAGCCUUGAGGAUGAUGCUUUUUGGAACAACCAGCAGCUUUUAUUGUAGUGAAAAAUCACUAGCUUAUAGAUUUGUUUUUUUUUUUUUCAAUUUGGGGCUUCCUGCAAUAAGCAGGCCCUUACCUGUAGGAUCCCACCUUCGCUCUUUCCACAGUGCAGCCUGGGAAGGGGGCUGCUGCCCCUGACUUCUCAGCAACUGCCAAGAUGUUUCUAGGCUUCUUUGAAGCCACAUCUGUGCUCCUGCCUUCUCUGGUGGGGUGAACGUAGCCCAUCCAGGGCAGGGGGUGCCCUGCUGGGAAUGUUGACUCAGUUCUGUGUCUGAGCUCCAGAAGUGAAUUGUACCUCUGGCAGAAUCCUCACUCUGAUCUUGGGGGAGGACUUGUCCUUGGCUGGCUUGUGGGUCAGGCCCAAACAUAUGGAGACCCUGCGGUUGUCACAUGUUGCCUUGGCCACAGCAGGAUGAUACCUGAGACGUCCCUGGGCUCCCGGGACCGUGGGACUGUUAGAAACCCUGCGGCUGCACACUGAGGCAUCUGGCAGUUAGUCAGCUGUGGGCUGGGGAAGCCCACAUCCAUCUGGCACAUGCCUGCUGGCAGCUCUAUCGUCCCCAGAACCGAUGUUGGCAACCUGGCUGGGCAGAAGGCCCUGGAGUCAGCUCCAUGUGGGUAGGAGCCCUGGUGACUUCAGAGCUGCGCCUCCCUCGCCUGUAGAGAUGAGGACCGUGGCAUGUGCUGGUGAGUAAUUUCCAGGCUAAAAAUGAACCCAUCUGAAAAGCAUGAAUUGCAGCUGUCCAUACAGGCAAGCUUUCCUUGGAUGGGGCAUGUGCCAGAGUAUCACUUCCCUGAGACAGGACAGCCACUUCUUCCUCACAGUGAUGGAUCUCUCAUCCUGGAGUAGACCAUGAGUAGGUCAGGGUGGUGUCCUGGCCUGGUCGACAUGGAGGUGAGGGGUGGAUAGAGACUUCCUGUGUGUGUCUCUCUCAGGCACGCGAGGCUGGGCCAUCCCUUACGUUCUUCCAUAGAGACCCCACAGUCUCUGCACUGGGCUGGGACUUGAUCGGUGCUCCUCUGGACCUCAGGUUGAUUGAGGAUGUCUUUCAGAGACUAAUUAUGGACAUGAAGGUCCAGCAAGAUGAGGUGGCCUGUCCAAAGUCACACUGCUAGAAAAUGACUAGGCAUAAAAGUAGACCCCUUUGCCCACUCUCUGCCCUUAGCUUCUACCAGCUACCUUCACUUCCUGGGUACCCAAGGGUUCAUGCCACUGAGCACUCAGGAAACGGACAGGUUUCGGAGGGCAACAGGAACCCACAUUAUUCAACAAUGAGUAAAAAACUUUGGAGAAAGAAGGCAGAGAGAUUAAUUAGCAUAGAGGGUGGACCUGGGGCGGUGUGCCUGGUAUGAACUGGGACUCCUGGGACUCCUGUUCAAAGCCGUGUGACUUUGAACGAAUCCCUUCUCCUCCCUGGGUCUCAGUUUCCUAACCUGUAAAAUGGGGUGACAGCACCUACCAUCCUGAGUUUUGGGGAAGAGUGAAUUAACUAAUUUCAUGAGUGCAUAGUAGAGUAUUUAGGAUGAAAAUAUGAGAAGUUAAGAAUUUGAGAGUUGAUUGAGGAUCCCAUAGGUAUGAAAUAGAUACACAGUAGGACUUCUUCCCUGAGGCUUCCAUUAAAGAUCAAAAGGAGAGCUGAUUUUGCAAUUUAGAAGAAAAUGUGCUUAUCGUCACCAAAUUGAGAUGCUAGGCUACUCAAAAAUGAAUCCUAAUGGUUUGAGGAAACCUAUUUGUAACAUGGUAUUCAUUUGUAUCCUCUACAGUUACCAUUUCCUGGUUCAUUUUUCCUGUGUCCACCAUAGAAACCUGGAUAGAAAGAUAGGGUAGGGGGCUAGGGAUUAAACCCAGGACCUCACACAUGCUAGGCAAAGCACUCCACCACUUGGAGCUACAUCUGCACCCCUUUUGUUUUUAUUUUGAAAUGGGGUCUCACGAAGUUGCUCAGAUUGGCUGUGAACUUGUGAUCCUCCUGCCUUAGCCUCCCGAGUAGCUGGGAUUACAAAUGUGCGCCACCAUGUCCUGCUAGAAAAGGAUUUUUAAAGUUUCCGUUUAUAACCUGACAAUAGAGGAAACCAAAAGAAAACUAUUUUAUUCACAAGUACAGUUUCAUCUGCAAGGUAUUAAAGCAAAAUUCAUCUUUAAAUAGUAAUAAACUCUAGAAAUCGAAUCAUGUGAGUCACAUGUAAUAGCCACAGGGUUCCUGUCACCCUCCUCACAGGCAACCACUAAUAGUUCAUCAGGGUUGUUGAGUGGUUUUGUGCUAUAAUGCCACACCGCUUAGCCCUCCUGAAAAGCAUGGCAGGAGAUGUGGGACACAGGCCCAGGAGAGGCCAGGAGCUGCUGGGCAUGUUGAUUCCCACAUCAAGUAUGUGGGAAGUUCCCCUUCAAAAGUCUACUGCCUUACCCUCUUCCUUUUCAGUGGAUCUAUUCUUGGUAUUACUUGUAAAGACAUGGAUAUAUUUUUCCAGUCUUCCUCGCCCAGAAAAACUCAGCUGAUGGCAUCAGUUCAAAAGAAAGACAUAUACAUGCCCCAUAAAACACACCAGAAAGUAAUGCUUAGACUCACAGGAAGACACACCAGAAGCAGACCGUGUCAGUGUGGUGGGACAUUGCUGAACAUUCAGAAGAAUUGCUGGGUGCUUUUUAUCUUAGUCAUGUACCUACAGGCCAUGCUGAGGAAGCACAAAAAGAUAGCAGUGGGGUCAUGUUUGUGUUGGUUGUGACUUUAUUGUGUUUUGUUCACGCACCCAGGUGGUGGGGGGUGGGUGGCUCUGUCACUUCAGUGGGAUGAGACGACUUUACCAUCAUUUCCCUGGAGGGUGAAGUCACUCUUGGCCAGACUUGACUUUUAUUUGCUUGAUAUGUUAUAUGCUUGGUAAUUUCUUCCAGGCCACAUCUCAACAGACUACAAGAUGUAAUUGCAUAUGGUAGAAGAAUGAAGCUCAUUAAUCUUUUCAGAGAAUUCACACUAGAGCCAUAUUUCAGAUAGGGCUAUUGAGUCAACUUAAUAAAAAUGUUAUUGCUUAAGGAUCUCUUCAUAAGACUAACAGGAAUGGGUAAUCUCUGACUGCAGAGCCUGCCUUCUCCUGCCCAUUUGUUCUCUCAUUUAAAAUCACCUCACAAAUACCUUAGGCUUGUUUAAUAUUAAAAUGUGAAUGAUGUCUUUUGCUACCCAUGGAAACAUUUAAAAAGUAAUUAUUGGUUUGUAGCUCCAGAGAACCUAUAGCAGAGAUGGAUGGAUAGUUGGAUGGAUGGACAGAUAGAUAUAGAUAAUUUAUUUAUCUGAAGGAAUGGGUUCAAAUGAUCAAAGGCUAGCAGGUCCAAAAUCUGUGGGGCAGGCCAACAGACUGGCAACUCAAGCAGGACUUCUUGCUAUAGUCUUGAGACAGAAUUUCUUCAUCUCCAGGAAAUCUAAGUUUCCCUAAGGCUUUCAACUGGUUAGGCAAAGCCCGCCACAUUAUCAAGGUACACAUUUGAAGUCCUCUCCUUUACUUAAUUUUAUUUAGUUGUAAGUUUUAAUAACACCUACAGAAUACUUUUACAGCAAAUCCAGUCUAGUACAGCAGUACUAGUAGUACCCUUGGUACUCAGGAUCAGUCAUCCCAGCCAGCACAGCAAUUCUUUACUAUGCCCGUGAUAUACAGGCACAGGAUCCCAAAGUGGCCAAGUGGCAGAGGGAACUUCCAGUUCAGUGGAGUCAUGCCUCCAGGUGGAAGCACCCCUGAUUCUAGAACGAAGAGAUCCAGCAGAGCGUAACAUCGUGGGAACAUGAAGGAAGUUUUGCUAGUGGAUCACUGGGGAUAAUAGUGAGUGGUGCCACUCCCAUUUCCACCCAUGACUUCUGGGUCCAUGAUCCUGACUAUGGGAGAAAUAGCACUACAUAUGGGGUGUUGAUUCUGAGCAUAUGCAGCCUCUUGGAGAAGCAUCCCCCAGCCCUGCAAGGUAUUGUCACCUAGCUGGCAUUGUAACUGAGUCUCUGAAGAACCAUGCCACUGUUCUAUUAACAAUUAGAACAUGGGGAACAUUGCAAGACCAGUGAAUUCCAUGAUCACAGGCCCAUUUCUGCACAUCUUUGGCUGUGAGGUAAGUUCCUUGGUCAGAGCAAUGCUGUGCAAAGUACUAUGACAGUGGGGAAGGCCCUCUGCUAGUCCUUGGAUGGCAGUUUUGGCAGAAGCCGUCCUUGCGAGGAAGGCAAAUCUAUUCCAGUGGCCAAACACCAGACUUUCCAUGAUGGAUGUGACUGGCCCAGUAUAAUCAACCUGCCACCAGGCUGUUGGCUGAUCACCCUGGAGAACAGUGCCUUAUUGGGGGGGCGGGGCUCAGUACUGGUCCCUGCUGCUGGGAGAUUGGCCACUCAGCAUUGGCCAUAGCAUGGCCAUCAUGCAUGGUGAUGACAGAUAAUCUCCAUUUCUGCCACCAUGGCCAUUCAUGAGCUCAAUGGGAUGAUUGGGGAAAGAGGCCAACUGGUAUCCACAGAACAGGUCAUUCUAUCUGCUUGAUUAUUAAAAUCCUUCUUUGGCUAUAGUCACCUUUCAGUAAGCAUCCACAUGGGAGGCACAUAGCAUCGUGUUUCUUUUCCAGAGAGGGCUAUCCACAUAUCUUUUUCCAAAUUUCCUUGCCACCAACUUCCCAAUUGUGUGAUUUCCAAGUCCCUGAUCAUCCAGCCAAGCCAUUGGCUACAGCUCAUGAAUCAUUAUAUAAUCACACAGCUGGCCAUUUCUCCUUCCAAGAAAAGUGCACAGCCAGGUGCACUGCUGAAAGUUCUGCCCUCUGGGAGGACUCCCUCACCACUGUCCUUCAGAGAUGUCCCAGAGAGUGGCUGCAGCAUUGCAGCUGUCUACUCUUGAGUGGUUCUUGUGUAUCUCUAAAUCAACCUGAGCGUUCCCUCCCUUUGUCAUCAGGUUGUAAGGGAGUAUCCGCUGAGGCCACAGGUGCAGGCUGGGAGAAGGAAGGCAGUGUAGCAGGAGAGGGAACUGUGGCAUUAUUUUCUCAUGUACUUAUUUGUGCCCUCAGCGUCUGCCUGGAUCUGAUCUCAUGUACACCAUUUCCAUUUGAGGAUUGGUUUGCUGCAGUGCAUAUCCAACUUUGUGGCUUGGUGUAACCCCAGAUCAUGACGGGCAGCUGCCAGAUUGUGGUCACUUAGGGGCCCACAGUUAAGCAUUCAGUUUAUCCUAAUGCCCAGUAGCAAGCCAAAACUAUUUCUCAAAAGGAAAAUAGUUUUUGGAAGAGGUAUGGCAGGGUUUUGCUCUACAAUCCUAAGGGCCUACAUGUAAUUCAGAUAUAAGGGGUGCCAGAAGUCCAAACAGCAUCCCUAUCUGUAAUGUACACUUUAAGCACCACUGGAUCCCCUGGAUCACAUGGGCUGAGUGGCAGAGCAUCCUGCACAGGAGCCUGAACCUGAGCAGAGCCUUCUCCUGUUCUGGGCCCCACUUAAAAAACUAGUGUUUGGGGGGACUCAAUAGUAAAGGGGUUGGAAUAACACACCCAAGUAAGGGAUGUGUUGCCUCCAAAUCCAAAGAAGCCUAAUAGGUAUAGCAGGGGCCGAGUGCAAAAACUUACCCUUCACCUUGGGAGGAGGGAUAGCACCACUAGACCCUUGAAAACCGAGAUGGAAAACUACUGAAUUUGAGUCAGAUUUUCCCACCGUCUGAAACACAAAUGUCUUAUGAAUGAGUCUAAAGUAAUUGCUGCUUCGUGCCCACUAGGUCCAAUCAGUAUGAUGAUAUUAUCAAUGUGCUAGACUAGUGUGGUACUAUGGGGAAGGGAAAGGAUAUCCAGAAACUGUGAACUAGAUUAUGACACAGGACUGAAAGUUUGCUCUACUGACCCUGAUUCUAGGAGACCCCAAAUUUUAAGAUGAUGAAGGUACCAGCUGACAAUAUAAUUAAUUCUGAUGGUCUUUACUAACAAAAAAAGUGUUUUCCAGAUUGAUUGCUACACACCAGAUACCAGAGGAUGUGGCGUGUUAAUAUCCUUAAGCAAAGAAAGCACAUCUGGUGCAGCAGCUGCAGUUAUGCUCACCACUUGGCUAAGUGUACUGUAAUCCUCUGUCAUUUUCCAAAUCCAUUUGCUUUACACACAGGCCAAAUUGGCAGAUC